UACAAAUGCAAACUAGAUAAUGGAAUAAACUGAAGUAGCAAACAAAAUUAAGUUGGUAACCAUAAAUGAACUAUUGUUAGGAUUUAUAUAAUUCAAAAAUAUUUUUAUUGACAAGGAAUAUUCUGGUCAAGAAAUGCCUGUGUGUAUUAACUACGAGGCAGUGAAUGGGCUUGAUAUUCAAUCUCGUGUAAAUAUGAAGGGUGUUUCAACAAGGAAUUACAAAGCAAACAACGAAGCAUGUUGCUCGGAUGCUAUGGUUCAACGAUGGAGUAUUGCUUUGAGUGUCCAUGACUACACGGUUCAGUACAGAAGUGCCAAACAAAUUCAACACGAUGAAUACAUUUCUGGACAAUCAUGUUGGUGGUCAGAGAUAAAUUCAGAUACAUGUCGUAUAGCAAACAAUUGUGAAAAAUAUCAUAAGUCCAGAAAUCAGCGUUCGAAAUUAAGUCCAUGGACAGCAUCAUCUGAGGCCUGGCGGAAAAUUCACCCAGACUAUUGUGGUCCAUUUCUCGGCCAAUACUAUGCACUCGUAAUCAUUGAUUCUGUUUCUGAGUGGCCUGAAGUUUAUCACAACUUCAACAAAUUCUGACCUCACAAUCCAAGCAUUGAGAAAGGUGUUUAGUCGACAAAGAAUUACCUAUGGUGUUAGUGACGGAUAAUGACUCUCGUUUCGCUGCGGAUGCAGUCACUAACUGGUUGAAUGGUAUAGAGCGCAGACAUUUGUUCACUGCUCCCAGGCUUCAUUUUUCUGAUGGCCAGGCAGAAAAUCUUAUCAGGAAAUCGGAAACUGCUAUUAAUUCCAUUGCUACUUCAUUGCUACUUUAAUGAACUGGAGAAAGAAGGAGAUAUAUGUCUACUGCAAUAGAGGAAUGCUAAACAUUCUGUAGCGAGGGAGACCACAUCAAGCUAAUAAAAGGAAGGAUUCUUCGUUCGAAUAUAAGGUGUUUGGAGUCUGCGGAAGUUACAUAUUAUCGUGGAAAUGAUCUUUGACCAGCCACGGGGAUUGCGGUGAAUGUUGGGAAAUGUAUAGUACGAAUUCUAGAUAUCAAUGACUUAAGUCUACACAACCGACACGUUGAUCAAAUACAAUUCCAGGAACCAGGUGAGUCUGAUCCAAUUUCGAUUGUUAAUUCUAAUACUUAUGAGUACAUUCUAGACAAUAAGGAGUCUUAAUCCAGUACACUGUCGAACAGACAUUGGAUGAACUUAAGAAGAGAACGUAUAAUCGAUUGCAAACACUUAGACUCCAAUUUAAGCUGUGGCGGAUGUAUUGUUUUAUGAACUAAAGCUUCCUUUGUACUGGUUGAAUGUUUGAUUUCGAAUUCCAAAUACAGUACAUUCGUUUGUGCAUAUCUAGUACUUCUUAAUUAACUUGCGUUAUUCUUUGGAUUCCUGGUUUAUACUACAACUCAAGUACUUCUAAUUAUCACACCUCUCUGACUAGUGAUCUGUGAAAAUGCAUUCAAAUGCGAAGUGUAUGGAGACUAGAAUAUCAUAUAUUAUCACCGUCAGGAACUGCGCUGGUUGACGUACACGACCUGGUCCCAUUUAAACAGCCAUGUUCACCAAGCUCGGGAGCCCUAUUUUGACCAUUUUCUAAAGUUCACUGCUGGAGAAGUUAACAAGGGAAUAGAAUUCAUUUUAGUGAAUAAGUUGUGCAACUAAGGUUUGAUGGCAAGUUAUAUAAGUAGAGAUUUCGACAAUGUUAUAAGAAGACGAAGGUUAUCGGGAUUAUGUAGUAUAAAAAAGUGUGAUGCUGCCAAACAGAUCGUUUGAUCGCGAAUCCCUUUGGGGACCGAAAAUCUAUACUUAAAACAGCUAGUCUCCUU